UCCAUUUUGUAAAAAAAAUACAUUGGAGAAAAUGUAUUCAAACACGAAAACUCAUUGCUAAAAUAAAAUUUAUUAAAAAUUAUGUUUGCAAACUUUAAUCCAAAAUGUCCUAGGAAUUUAUUUUACCACGCUAUCCAUUUUUUUGCGUGCCUUACGAAUUUAUCAAAAACUCUUGUCCACUACUUAUGUAGCGGAUACCUCCCAAAUAAAUCUUAUUAAUUUUUUUUAUAACAUUCGCUACUUAUUCAUUACAUCCCAACUCAUUUAUGUUUUUAAGGCCGAAAAUACUACAAGGGGUUAACCGACCCGACCCGACCCGAACCAGUAACCGACCCGAUCGGGACGAUCCGAAACUUUUUCUUCAUGCUUUUUUGUCUUGGUUCAUCAAUGGAGGAUCCGAGUAGAAAACGAGUUCCUUCUCAUUUCUCAUUCUAGAGAGAGAGAGAGAGAUUACACAAUGACAGUAGCAGCAGGAAUCGGGUACGCGUUGAUAGCUCUAGGACCAUCUCUCUCCAUCUUCGUUUCCGUCAUUUCCAAAAAGCCAUUCUUAAUUCUAACUGUUCUCGCCAGUACAUUAUUGUGGCUUAUAAGCUUGAUAGUGUUGUCUGGAAUAUGGAGGGGUUUUCUUCCACUGAAUUCAACUGCAUGGUGGCCUUAUGGAAUACUCAUUUUAUCAUCUGUUGCUUUUCAAGAAGGCCUUAGGCUUUUCUUCUGGAAAAUAUUCAAGAGGUUAAAAGAUAUUUUAGAUGCUUUUGCUGAUAAAGUAGCAAAGCCACAUCUUUUCCUGACAGAUAAGAUGCUGAUUGCUCUGGCUGGUGGUUUGGGUCAUGGUGUAGCCCAUGCCGUGUUCUUCUGUAUCAGUCUAUUAACUCCUGCAUUUGGACCAGCUACAUAUUUUGUUGAUAAGUGUUCAAAGGUUCCAUUUUUCCUUCUUUCUGCGAUUAUUGCUCUUGCAUUUGUCACCAUCCACACCUUUUCAAUGGUCAUUGCAUUUAAUGGGUAUGCAGAGGGGAACAAAGUGGAUCGUUAUUUUGUUCCCAUUGUUCACGUAGUUGCAGGGAUGGUGACAAUGGUAAAUCUGGCACCUGGGGGUUGUGCUGUUGGCAUUCCUCUCCUUUAUUUCACCGCGAUCUUGACCUUAAUUCAUUGUGGGAGGAUGGUUUGGAGAAGAUUGACGGAAAACCCAAUAAGACCGACUCACUCGUAAUAAGUGAUAAUAUUUUGUAAAAGGGUUACUGUGAGGCAUCGGUAGUUUCAUCGAAGCAGGUUUAUGGAAGUCUUACUGAGAGAAGCUGAAGUCUUUAGACAUUUAUGUCCAGCAAACAAAAAAAGGUAGUUAGAUUAGUAAAGAGAUUCAUGUUAACGCUUUGAAAUUUCACUUUAUGUUGGAUGUAGUUCCUUCUAAUUUUAAAAUAUGUACUCUGUUAAAUUGGUGUAUUAUAAUAAGUGUAUAUAUAUGUUUUCACCUUGAAAUGAAACCAUCUUUUAACUUAA